CGCCCUGGCUCCGCCCUAUCCAGCGUCACCAACCUUCACUUGUUUACCUGAAUUUCGCCACUGAGGGCCCGAGCAGUGCUGUCACAAGGUUUCUGCUAUGGGGGAUGGAUGUUCUGCAAUGGCAAUGAGUCUUGCUGGGAUGUUUUCUUUUAGACUCUGGUCCCUUGCCCUGAACAGCCAGUCGAUGCCCAAUGAUUUGACUACGCCCCAUUUUGCUGCACCCCGUAUUGUCCAUUCCCAUUUGCACGCCGUCCAUCACUAGCCCUCCCGUCAGUCGUGCUUUAGAUGGCAUGGCCCGCUUGCCGUGCCGGGCCCGGGAGUACGUGCUUGCUCGGGUCUUGGUCUUGUCUCUGACUCCUUUUGACUCACUCCCCUGAACUCGACGGAAUUCCUUGGGUCCCCCCAUAUCGAAGGCUACCUAGCGUGCGAGAUGCCUUGCGCUUUGCCAGGUAACCCUUGUCCUCCAGGCAGUGAGGUCUUGGGCUAAAUCCACUUACAAAUGAUCGAGUACGUACUAUCAUUUCUCAUCACCAAGCUUCAAAUACAUAUAGACCCCCUUCCUCCUAUGCCAUUCCCUUUUUCAUUCCCACCAAACACUCACAAUACAAAGCCUUGAAAGAACAGACUAGAUUGUCUUUUCAGCCAUCAACCAUUUCAAUAAACAUCUACAACACAACUCUCACCCAACAACAACUACCCCCUACAAACAACACAACCGCAACCAUGAGCUCCCCUUACACUGUCCAAAUCCACCAGAGCACCAAGGAGCCUUCCAUCUCCAGCUCUUACAGCUACUCUUCUGGUUCGUACAGCUCUUCAACCAGCACAACGCCUCGAUCUCUUUCCCCUGGCGAUUACCGCGAGUACGGUGCUGACAAGCACACUACACAAGUCGCCAGCUCUGGUCGAAACUUGGUCAUCAACCACAACAAAGUCUCGUACGAGAAAGAUUCGCCGGCACCAAAAUAUUCUGGCGCAUAUACGAGGAUCUAAACAACACUUGGCCACGGCCAUAUUUUCGAUUUCCUAUGUUUCAUCGAUUUCGAACAGCGACAUGUAACGGAUAUGGGAUAUACAACAUAGACAGGCGUUUUGACAUUUGGAGAUAUGAGGCAAGAUUGAGCGCAGCAUGGCGAUGUAUUAUGGGUUAGAGAGCAUGGGUUGUACAACGAUAACCAAGAUUGAUAGACACUGAGACGGGUUGGAUUGAGCCGAGACUGUUUUUCUUUUCCCUUUCUUUCUGCUUGUAUCAUUCUUUGUACUUUUACUAUUCGAGCGUCGGACACCUUGCGGUCCGCGCUGAACUUUUUAGAAGGGCCAAAUCUCCCGUCUUGACCUCUUACAAGUCGAGAUGGCUGGAUGAGAUGUGAGACGGCCCGCCGGACUGGUCCGAUUAUAGCGACCUAAAUUGGAGACCAUGGAAGAAAAUUUCCAACACACCAUUCAGCUGUUUCAGCUCCUUUCUAAUUUCAUCUGUGCUUUUUCCUUGA